UGAUGCGGCAUUGCAAUUAACGCGAAAUCUAGUGGCUGUCGAAAUUUGCCGUUUUGAGGCAAAGGGUUCGUUGAAACCGUGGCGCAACCGUCGCACACAAACCCAACUCACUCUGUUCUUCUGCUUUAUCUCACUCUGACACUACUCAGCUCAGUACCGAACCCACCCAUCUCAUAAUAUGGAAGUUACCAAUUGUCUCUCUUCAUCUUCCUCCGCCAAAUUUGGAUGCGUGUACGACUUCCCUCAAUCCCAAACCAAUCGUAAUAUCCACAGUUGCUUCUUCCCAUUUCCGGGGAAGACCAGAGCACUUGUCGCAGUCAACGCAGCUUCAUCAGCUACCACCACCACCACUAGUGUCGGAAAUGGUUAUGUGGGACCUGGGAGUUCGACUCAGAGUCAAACCAACACCAUCCGAAACAACACUCGGAGUGGUUCUUGCCUGGUAAUCCCUCCGCCGGCCGGCAAGAAGCCCCGGGCUAUCAUCAAGUUUCUCGGCGGUGCCUUCAUCGGAGCGGUUCCUGAAGUCACCUACAGCUACUUGACUAAGCUAUUGGCCAAGGAGGGGUUUCUGGUUAUUUCAGUGCCGUACAAUGUGACCUUUGAUCAUGUCCAAGCUGCCCACCAAGUCUAUGAGAGGUUCAAUUCAUGCUUGGACACCAUUUUAGCCUCUGGAUUGCCGAAUGCUGAUCUCUCACCAGCUCAACUGGCUGAGUUGCCAGUGUUCUCUGUUGGCCAUAGCAAUGGUGCAUUACUACAAGUGCUUGCAGGGAGCUAUUUCUCAGAUAGAAUCCCAAAGGCUAAUGCCAUAAUCGCAUACAACAAUAGACCAGCAACUGAGGCUGUCCCUUACUUUGAGCAGCUUGGACCAUUAGUUAAUCAGAUGAUCCCUAUUGUGGAGGCAUCUUCAAUUCCUUCUAUGGCUAGGACUGCCUCAGGAGAUGCGUGGAAGGCCUUAAUUAAUGCAGCUGAAGCAGUUCUACCAGACAAUGAAAAGGAAACUCUCAAUUCAUUCACUAAAUUUGUUGAUCAGUUGCCUUCGGUGCUGAAUGAGGUAACCGAAGGGACAUCAGAAUUCAAGCCAACACCUUCUGAAAAUCGUGACUUCUUUAAGUGCUCAUACAAUGUGAAACAUACUCUACUGGUGAAGUUCAAUUUUGACGGAAUUGAUGAGACAGAUACUCUCAAGGAAACAUUAGAGCCUCGUGUGGAAGCUAUUGGUGGGACACUAGAAAAGGUCGAGAUAAGUGGUAACCAUAUCACACCAUGCUUUCAGGAGCCUAAGUGGCAAGUAGGUGCCUUGUACACUCCAGCAGACGCUAUUGCUCAGUCUCUUAAAACUCUUUCACUGAAUGACAUUAGAGUCCUAUCCAGAACUAUAGUCGACUGGUUUCAACGUUUUGAAGAUUGAGGCACCUAAGCUUGAAAAGACAGAUAUACACAUUUGAGCCCCCUAAAACCAACAGGGGAGCCAGACUGCAUUACCGUAAUUUUCAUUGUUAUAGCUGAUUUGCUUGUAUAUUAUAGGAUUUAUAGCCGAUUACUUGCUCAGUGGCGCUGGUCUCAGUGGUUUGUAUGUUUUAAUGGGCCUCUGGGAAUCUAAACACUUCAAACUUUAUUGGGUUUACUGACUCUAUUUAUGAAUGUUGAGGC